CCCUCGCAACCAGUUGGCCCCGGCGUGGCUGCGGGUCACAGUCAUGCCAGCGCCGGCGGCUGCCCCCCGCCUUCCUCCCCAUUCCAUGCGGACCACCGCCGGGAACUGGAAGCGCUGCGGUCGGAGCUGGAAGCCGAGCGUUUAAGGUCGCAAGAAGCCCGGCGCCGAUUUGCCUUGGAGGCUCGCGAGCUCCGCCAAGCGGCCGAACGGGACCGCCAGCUGCUGGCCGACCAGCUCCGCUCCAAAUGGGAGCAACAGCGAGCCCGCGAGCUCCGCCAGCUGCGGGAGGCCAGCCUCAGGCAGCGCGAAGUCGAGAUCCGGCAACUGCUGCGUUGGAAGGAGGCAGAACUGCGCGAAGCCCAGGAGCUCCUGCAGCGGGAGCGCGACGCCGCCAUGCGGCAGGCCAGGGACCUGCAACGCCAGCUGGCAGAGGAGCUGGUGGGCCGGGGCAGUAAAGGCACAGGGGUGUGUGUCGCGGCUGGCGGCGGAUCGGGGGCAGCGGUGAGCACCGAGAGUCGGGCCAAACUCCAAGAAGUCCUGGGCAAGCUGCGCUGGGAGGUGGAUGGCGAGCAAGCAGCGCGUAUUCGGCACCUGAAAGCCGAGCUGGAACUGGAGCGGAGCCUCUUUCUAAAGUACAUCCUAGAGCGCUUUGAAGGGGAACACGCUCUGCAGAGAUACAGACCGGCCUCCUUCCAGCAACAGCUGCCACAACCACCGGCCAAACUGGAAAAGACCAGACCUCGCUCCUUAGAGAGUCUGGUCCCUGCCCGUGACUCCCCUCCAGCCGAACCAGCCUCGAAAUCUCGCUCCCUGUACAACAACCUAAGUCUUCCCCGGUCUUCCCACCACCAUCAUCGGUAUGACUUUCUGGAUGGACAGAUCCCAAAGGACAGCAGCCAUUGCCUACUGCAGCCACAGAAGAUGCUUGGUGAUGCUUUCCAAAGAGAUACGUUGGAGCCAGUCCCCAAGACAGAUGAGACCGUGGAUAUCCCUCUGGAGGGAAAAGGGAGCAGCUGGGGGCCUGUAGAAGGAGCCCCCAUAGCAGCUGGACAGCAGCCAGAGUCACAAGGCUGGCUGGCGGCCGGUAGUUUUGAUCAGCUAGUGAAGCAGAAUGAGGCACUGUUGAAAGUGUUGGCAGAACUAGAGCAACAAUGCACCCUGCUCCGGGAAGAAAAUACUCUGUUGAGGAAAAGUAAUUUCCCAAAGAUGGAAGAGAAAGUGAAGAAGCUGAAGAAGAAGAACACAGAGCUGAUUGGGAUUGCCAGGCGACUGGAGGAAAGAGCAAAAACACUCCAGGAAUCCAGCCUCAAGGUGGGCAACACACCUGUAACACUGAGCCUGAGUUGCCAAGACAUGGACCUCUAUAAGACCUCAUUGGCUUGGCAGCAGGCAGAAGAACUGAGUGCACAGGCUGGGGAGGCCCUGGGCAAAGGUCAGCAUUUACCUUCACAGAGGGAACGUUGGGAGCUUCAGACCAAACGGGCCACAGGUAUGAAGAGCCCUUGUUUGUUUAAGAUAAUUGAUUUUGAUUGCUUGCUUCGAGAGUCUCAGAGGGAAGUGUUACGAUUACAAAGACAGCUCAUGCUUAAGAACCAGAAGAAAUCUCCUCAGCACUCUAAAAUUAGUUCAAAUGAUGCUGCUUCAUCAGUUAUGAUAAAAAACACAUCAUCAAAUCUAGUUUCAUGUUUAGAGGACUCAUCCUUGCCAAAGAAGACAGCAAAAGCCUUGAACACAUCAGUGGAAGAUGUAGAAUCCAAAGCAUUCUCAGCAAAAAAUGGUUCCAAGAACAAUGAAAACAGCACUUUUGAAACAGAUUCAGAUACGGAACAUCAAUUGCAGAUUUUGAAAGAGAAGCUUUCUGAAAAAGUUAGAGACUAUGAAACCCUUAAACAUGAAGUGGAGAAAAACCGGAAGAAAUAUCAUGAUUUGGAAUUGCAACUUAAUGAAACUCUGACUGAAAAAAUCAGGAUUGCUGAGCAGAACUUUCAACUCCAUAAGAAAAAUGAAUGCAGAGAAAUGACUGAAAAUGAAAAUGAAGAGAUAAAGGUGAAACUAACAAUUGAUGAUCACAAUUCUGUAAUUCAGUUGGCUAGGGAACUUGAAAUCAAAGUGGAAAAUUUAGAACAAGUAAUUAGGGACAUGAAAGAGACAGUGGGGAAACAACAGCAGUUAGAAUCUGAACAUAAGGAAACAUUGUUAGUGCUGCAAAAAAGAGAAGAAGAAAUAAAACAAAUGCAGCAAAUACAGACAGAAAUUAAAAGAGAUUAUAAAAAAGCAGUACAGCUACUUGAAGCUCAAGUGAAAAAGUCAGAAAACAAUUGCCAGAGUCAGACUGAACAGUUUGACUUUCUAGAAUCUGUGCAACUACAAAUCAAAAAAACUGAACUCAUAGAAUCAAAAUUACCAUAUACAAUCUGCAGCUCCACAGCUGUAUUAUCUCCAGAAAAAUGGGAGGAAAAUAACUGUCAUAUUCUUCACUGUAGUGAGAACAUAAAUUUUAAAGAUGCAGCAUCAAUAAAUUCUUCAGGACUGUUUGGAAAAGCAAAGGAGUUAGAAUCUCACUCAAAUUCAUCUGAAAAGGAAUCCGUCCAGAACAGCUCUAAAUCUUGUUCUAAUCCAGAAAAAGAUACAGCAGGUGAACUAGGAGAAAUGGAGACAGAUAACGUUUCUAUAAACCUUAUGCUAAAAAACCAGUGUUCUUCAAAACUUCGUGUCUUUUUAGCACGACACAGCUAUGAUCCUUUUGAUGGCCCAAAUAAAAAUCCUAAAGCAGAGCUUCCGCUAACAGCUGGGGAAUAUGUUUAUGUCUAUGGGGAAAUGGAUGAAGAUGGCUUCUAUGAAGGAGAGUUGAUGGAUGGUAGGAGAGGAAUGGUGCCUUCAAAUUUGAUAGAAGAGGUUUCAGAUAAUGAUCUAAUAAGUUUUGUUCCUACAGAGCCAAGUGAAAUUUCAUCACAUUCAUAUAACGAAAUGGGGUUUCCUUGCCACAGCACUAGCAGUGAAGAAAACAGUGACGGUGCUGAAGCGUUGUGUGCCGAUGUGCUGACUAGCGGACUGCGAAGAGAACUGUAUGGUGAUCAGACAGCUGUGCCCUGUCCUCAGAAUCUGACUCUCAUCAAACAGUUUGCUAGAUCUAUCCUCAUAGGCUGGGAUCCACCACAUAUUCAAGAUAACUGGGAGAAAGUGCACAGCUAUAAUAUUUAUGUUAACACAGAUUUAUAUAAUAAUGUGAAACCCAGUAGUCAUAUGAAAGCGCUGAUUGAGAACCUGGAUUUAGAGUCAUAUACUUACCAGAUCUCAGUGCAGAGCCUAACAGAUAAAGGAAACUCUGAUAAGAUGCAAUGCACUUUUCUUGUAGGAAAGAGUUUUUCUGCUGCCCCAGAAUUCUUGAGGCUAAGGAGCCUGACAGCAACAUCAGCAGAAAUCACUUGGUUGCCAAGCAACAGUAACUAUACUCAUACAGUAUAUCUUAAUGGGGAGAAAUACGAUGAAACCAAUACAGGCACCUAUUGGUAUACUUUCCAAAACCUCAAACCCAACAGCCAAUACAAUGUAGAAGUGGAAGCUCACCCCCCUAAUGAUGUGCCAUUUCAGGGUAAUUUGAAGAAGAAAUCAACAGCCAUUACAUUUACUACCCCAUCAGCAGGACCACCUAAUCCUCCCCUUGAUGUCCAGGUUCAACCUAGUUCUGUGGGAUAUCUAGCUAUUCACUGGCUGCCAGCGACAAUUGACUCUGCAGGAUCAUCCAAUGGGGUAAAAGUCACAGGGUAUUCUGUUUAUGUUAAUGGACAGAAAGUAACAGAAAUUAUGUCUCCAACAGCUGGCAGUGUCUCAUUAUCAGUUUCUCAUUUAUUGAUUUUCCAAGAAUCCUGGAAGGUUUCUGUUAGAACAAUGUCAGCCUUUGGUGAAUCGGAGGAUUCUGUGCCAGCUUUAAUUCCACCUCAUCUCGUGAGCAUUUCUGGUUCUUUACUGGCAAAGUCUGUUGCCUGCACCAUGGCUCCCGAUUUGACUUUCAAAGAAUCUUUAGAGUGUAAAGCUAUAACAAUGAAUACAUCUUCAUCUAUUUGCACCCAUGUCUUCCAUGGUGAUACCAUUCACUUCACUUCUGAGUGCAAAGAGUCUACUGAUCUUCCAGCUGUGACCGCGUCCUGGAAUCAUAUGUUCCCUUCUGUAAUGGCUUCUCACAAUGCAAGAAAUGAAAAUGGGGGUGAUUCUCGUCUACAUUUAUCUGCCUGGAAGAAAUCAUCAGAACAUGCUUUUCCAGAGGCAACCUGUGGAGGAUCAGCCAGUUCCAUUCAAGUAGCAUCAAAAUCCAGUUGCAUAAAAAAAGUAGCAAAAACAUUUGCUAAAGACAUGCAAAGAGAAGAAUGUUUUCUAUCUAAAAAUAUUGCAUGUAAAAACCAAUCAAAUAACAGCAAGAUUAAAGUGAAUACAGUGAGCCAGUAUACUAAUAUGAUUGUAGAAGACAACUCUUUGCAAUACCAUGUUGAGGAUUUGGAUGCAAACCACUUGAGUCAUGAGCCCAACAUUUCUUCACCAGAGUAUCUGUUGAAUAAGAGCAGUUACAGGAAUAUGACAACCCAUAAUGCCCAUCUCUGGAAAGAAUGUGAUGGUUUCUUUGGAGAUAAUCACAUAAAGCAGUUAUGCAAAAAACUCUCUAAUCUGAGUCUGUGUAACAAUGAACCAGAAGAAAUGCAAGUAUCAAGAACUGUAAGGCAUGAUCCUCUUGGUGCCCACAAUCAUACUUCUGAUCUCUUAGAUACGGAGGAAGAGGAGGAGUACAUUAUGAGCACUUCUGGCAAAGAUGAUUUUACACCACAGAAGCAGCAGAUAUCUCUUUCAGAAGAGACAAAUGAUAAAGUUAUAUCCAUGAUGUUGAAAUCUCAGCAAGCAACUCCUUCAGUACCUCAUUCAGGUUCUCAAAUAGGCUUUGAUUCUGGAGAUAAAGAUAGCUCAGAAAGAUUAUUUGUAGCUCUUUUUGACUAUGAUCCUGUAACUGUGCCACACAAUACCAAACAAGCUCGGGAAGAAUUAUCUUUUAAAGUGGGGCAAAUUCUAAAGGUGACGAGUGACAAAGAUGCCCAUGGUUUUUAUAAGGGUGAAUGUGAAGGGAAAAAAGGGUAUAUCCCAUGCAAUACUGUAUCUGAAAUGUACAUAGAGAGCAAAGAAGUGAGAGACCACCUAUUAAAGAAAAGUUUCAUGCAGGACGAAACCUUGUGAACAGAUAUCUACUGGAUUCUGAAAAAUAAACUACUGCUGCUUGGAUCAAAGCCAUACUAAAAGACAGCAAUAGAAGCUACAAUUUAAAUAUAUUUUGUAAUGUUUUUAUUAAAACAUCUUAUUUAUUAAACUCUUUCUGAAAUGUGCAUCUCACACUCGUUUCAUCUGGACUGUGAUAUUGUAGGUUUUUCAGAGUAUACUAUUUUCACAAGAGGUUUACUAUUGCCACUAGGUAUGGGCAUUCACUGGACUCUAAAUCCCAGAAUUCUCCAUUCUUGGAGUUCCACCUGCCAGCCAGAGAGACAUCUACAUUGUACUCACCUGGAAGAAGGAUGAGCUAAAAGACUUUGUGGGCCAGGAUUGGGCCUCAUUCGCUGAUGGAAAAAGAAGCUGCCCCUGGUAGCUGGUGAAACAUGGGCACGACAUUGUUGCUACAAUUAAUUUAUAACACUGUUAAUUUUUGGCAUAACAAAUAAGUUUGUAUGUUAAUUUUUUGUUACUUUGUGGGUUCUAAAAUGCUUGCUUUGGACAGUUUUGAGGUCCCCUCCCUUCAAAUUUUAAACCACUUUCUUUUCACAUGGAUUAACAACAAAAUGCAAAAGAAUGCAAUGUUACUAAUCUUUAAACCAAGGGUGC